UCGCCUACAACUGUCGUAUUUUUUGUUGCUUUAUCAUAAAAACAUGACGUGGAAUUACGUUGUGAAAAAUUUUAACGAUUUCUGGUUAUCGCUUGGACUGAUAAUCAUCGUCUCUGUCAUAAUUUUUGCAUCAAAGAUUUUACAAAACAAUGCUGGAGAGGGUCAAAGCUUUCCCGGGCCUUCUAAGUAUCUUGGUGUUGGAACCCUCUUAACAUAUGGAAGAUUCCUCUACAUGGGUAUCCCAGAAGCUUCAACCUACUACCUCAACAGGUACGGCGAUGUAGUUCACGUUUGGGUAUGUGGAGAACCAACACUUGUAACAAGCAAUCCCACCGUUGCACGACAUAUUUUAAAAUCUAACGGCAACAACUACACUUCACGGCUUGGUUACGACAUAGGAUUAGAUCAUAUCGGAAUGUUUAACAAUGGCAUUAUCUGGAAUAAUAAUACAAAUCAUUGGAAAAGCUUAAGAACAUUUUUUCAGAAUGCACUGAAUGCAAAGACGUUAAACGCAGCUAUCAAAGCCUCUGCUGCUUCCACGAAUGAUAUGAUUGGCAAACUUGACGACUUGAGACGCCGUACAACUGAAGGAAAAAUUGAAACGCUGAAUGUUUUACGACGCAUAACAUUACAAGUUACUAAUCUGUUGAUGUUUGGCGUCAAAAUAGACAACGACGAACGUUUGGUCGAGUUAAUUGUCGAGUAUUUCAAAGCGUGGGAAUAUUUUCUGAUUCGACCGUGGUAUUUUUAUUUGCCCACUUCUACUUUCAAGAAACAUAAAAAACCAGUGAAAGAAUUGAAAGAUGCCUGUAUGGAGAUUGUGCAAAGGAAAAAACAGCAACUCGAUAGCGUUUCAUUCAAGCAAAUUGAAAAUCCAAACUUUCUUGAAUGUCUUUUACAUGCGGUGGAACGUGAUGAAAUUACUGAAGAAAAUGUAUACCAAUGUGUCCUCGAAAUGUUGCUAGCUGGCACUGACACGUCCAGUGUGUCUAUGUAUUACACAUUAGUAGCUCUUAGCGAUGAUGCACAAGUGGAAAGAGAAAUUGUAAAAGAAUUAAAGGCUGUUUCUUUGGAGGAUGAAUCAACGGAUCGCAAAUUGCUUACUCAGCUGGUUUGUUUAGAGAAUACUUUAAAGGAGAGCAUGCGCAUCAAACCAGUAGGACCUGUGGUGUUGAGACGAGCUUUAAAAGAUGACAACAUCAACGGCGUUCCCAUUCGAUCAGGAACUAACGUUGUUUUAAGUUUAGUUGAUAUGCAUCGCCGUUCUGAUUUGUUUGAAGAUCCAACUUCUUUUGUUCCUCAUCGAUUCAAGAGCGAGAAAACUAAUGAGAAUUUCUAUCCCUUUGGGACGGGACCAAAGGGAUGCGUUGGUCAAUUUCUUGCCAUGGUGGAAAUGAAGGUUAUUCUUGGUGUCUUAUUAAAGAAAUUCCAAUUUCGAUCUGUUGUUGGAAAACUCAGUGAUGUUACUACGAGAUGGGAUAUUGCAAACCAGCCCACAGAUGCUAGUUAUAUGAUAAUUGAAGAAAGACGUGACUGAACCAAUAUACUAUGGUAUGUUAACAAUAAAGAUGAAGUUGGCUAUUGAUUUUGAUUUACUUCUUAGGAGAACGAUUUAAGGCGAAAUUUGUAACGUAUCACACUUGGUCAUUUGUGACAUAUUACAAGUGAACUCUUUUUGCAUUUUUUAAUCUUUUUUGAUUAAUUAUUUAUACACAUGAAAAAUUACAAAAUAACUUGAGCGCAGCAUGUACAGAACAA